CUUCUUUUUUCACUCAGCAGAGAGAGAUUUCAAUAUCUUCUCUCCCCCUUCCCUAUAAACAAAGGAAACACGACGACAAUAACAACACCAUUAAUAACAACAACAUCUCAUAUUCUUUCUCUCUGAUUUAAUCCCCAAACCCUAGAACAAAUCUCAAAAAUCGAAACCUCAAUUCUCGAUCACCAGGGUUUAGAUGCUGCUGCUGAUGAAUUAGUUCGAUUUGAAGUGAAGUUGAAUUAGAGGAUUCUUUUUUUUGAAGUUCUGGAUCUGUUGAAUUAAAAGAUGGGGAAAGGAGGAGAAGGUGUUACGAAAACUAUAACAACAGAUAAGGAGAAGUUUCCAGCAUGGGCGAAAGAUGUAUCAGAUUGUUUGAGAGAGUUUAAAGUUGAUAAAGAAUUUGGAUUAACCAAAGAAGAAGUUGAGAAACGUCGUCAGAUCUAUGGUUUGAAUGAAUUAGAGAAACAUGAUGGUCCUUCAAUUUGGAGUUUGGUUUUAGAUCAGUUUAAUGAUACUCUAGUUAGGAUUUUACUUGUUGCUGCUGUUAUCUCUUUUGUUUUAGCUUGGUAUGAUGGUGAUGAAGGUGGUGAGAUGGGAAUUACGGCUUUUGUUGAGCCGUUGGUGAUUUUCUUGAUCUUGAUUUUGAAUGCCAUUGUCGGAGUUUGGCAGGAGAGUAACGCUGAGAAGGCUUUGGAAGCUUUGAAAGAGAUACAGUCUGAGACGGCUAAUGUUAUUCGUGAAGGGAAACAUAUUCAUAAUCUUCCUGCCAAAGAGCUUGUUCCUGGUGAUAUUGUUGAGCUGAAAGUUGGUGAUAAGAUUCCAGCUGAUAUGAGAGUAUUGAAUCUGAUAAGUUCUACAGCGAGGAUUGAACAAGGUUCUUUGACAGGAGAGAGCGAGGCUGUGAAUAAAUCAAACAAAGCUGUUUCUGCUGAUACUGAUAUUCAAGGCAAAAGGUGUAUGGUUUUCGCUGGAACCACGGUUGUUAAUGGAAACUGUAUUUGUUUGGUUACUCAGAUUGGUAUGAACACUGAGAUUGGGAAGGUGCAUUCUCAGAUUCAUGAAGCUUCUCAAAACGAAGAUGAAACUCCACUUAAGAAGAAACUGAAUGAAUUUGGAGAAGCUCUCACAGCUAUUAUUGGAGUUAUAUGUGUGCUUGUAUGGUUGAUCAAUGUCAAGUACUUCUUUACUUGGGAGUAUGUGAAUGGUUGGCCUGCAAAUUUCAAGUUCUCUUUCGAGAAAUGCACAUAUUACUUUGAGAUUGCUGUGGCCUUGGCUGUUGCUGCAAUCCCAGAAGGUCUUCCAGCAGUCAUUACAACUUGUUUGGCGUUGGGAACUCGUAAGAUGGCUCAGAAGAAUGCACUAGUUCGGAAGUUGCCCAGUGUUGAAACUCUGGGUUGUACUACUGUGAUUUGUUCUGACAAAACUGGUACACUUACCACCAAUCAGAUGGCAGUUUCAAAGCUUGUGGCAGUGGGAGCUGAUACUGAAAGGGUUCGCACUUUCAAAGUUGAUGGAACCACAUAUAGUCCCUUGGAUGGGAAAAUUCAUGAUUGGCCCGCUGGUCGUUUGGAUUCAAAUCUGCAAACAAUUGCUAAAAUUGCUGCUGUCUGCAAUGAUGCAUCUGUGACACAAUCAGGGUCACAAUACAUUGCCAAUGGAAUGCCUACUGAGGCAGCACUCAAGGUUCUGGUUGAGAAAAUGGGGCUUCCUGAAGGGCUUGAUCGCUCGUCAUCGGCUUCUGAUGUUUUGUCAUGUUGCAAGCGUUGGGGAGUUGUUGAACGUCGGAUUGCAACCCUUGAGUUUGAUCGUGAUAGAAAGUCUAUGGGAGUUAUUGUGAAGUCAUCAUCUGGGAAAAAUACACUACUUGUAAAGGGUGCGGUAGAGAAUCUUCUGGAGAGAAGUAACUACAUUCAGCUUCUCGACGGUUCUGUUGUAAAAUUGGAUCACAGUUCACGGACCCUUAUUUUAGAAUCUCUUCAUGAGAUGUCAUCAACUGCACUACGUUGUUUGGGUUUUGCCUACAAGGAUGAGCUUGCGGAAUUUGCAACUUAUAACGGUGAUGAAGACCAUCCAGCUCAUGAGCUUUUACUUCACCCAUCAAACUAUUCCUCAAUCGAGAGUAAUCUCAUUUUUGUUGGCUUAGCUGGACUGAGGGACCCUCCAAGGAAGGAGGUACACCAAGCAAUUGAGGACUGUAGAGCUGCAGGCAUCCGCGUCAUGGUUAUAACAGGAGAUAACAAAAGCACUGCCGAAGCUAUCUGUCGUGAAAUUGGUGUAUUUGGCCAAUAUGAAGACAUUAGUUCUAAAAGCUUAACAGGGAGAGAGUUUAUGGAGCACCCUAAUCAGAAAAAGCAUUUGAGACAAACUGGUGGGCUUCUGUUCUCUAGAGCGGAACCAAAGCAUAAACAAGAUAUAGUGAGGUUACUUAAAGACGACGGCGAGGUGGUUGCAAUGACUGGAGAUGGGGUGAACGAUGCACCUGCUUUGAAACUGGCCGAUAUUGGUAUUGCUAUGGGCAUUGCUGGAACUGAGGUUGCAAAAGAAGCCUCUGACAUGGUGUUGGCAGAUGAUAACUUCAGUACUAUUGUUGCUGCAGUUGGUGAAGGAAGAUCUAUCUAUAACAACAUGAAGGCCUUUAUCAGGUAUAUGAUCUCCUCAAAUAUGGGAGAAGUUGCUUCCAUAUUUCUGACAGCAGCUUUGGGCAUUCCAGAAGGUUUAAUCCCUGUUCAACUUUUAUGGGUCAACCUUGUUACCGAUGGCCCCCCUGCAACGGCUUUGGGUUUCAAUCCACCUGAUAAAGAUAUCAUGAAGAAACCACCACGCAGGAGUGAUGACUCUUUAAUUAGCCCCUGGAUCUUAUUCCGCUACCUGGUCAUUGGGCUCUAUGUUGGAGUUGCAACAGUUGGUGUCUUUGUCAUAUGGUUUACACAUGGUUCCUUCAUGGGUAUUGAUCUUAGCGGAGAUGGCCACACCCUCGUUACCUACUCACAACUCUCAAACUGGGGCCAGUGCUCAACCUGGGAGGGCUUCAAAGUUUCCCCAUUCACAGCUGGGUCACAGAACAUCACCUUUGAGAACCCUUGUGACUAUUUCACCACUGGCAAAGUGAAAGCAAUGACCCUUUCUCUUUCUGUUUUGGUCGCCAUUGAGAUGUUCAACUCCCUAAAUGCUUUGUCCGAGGAUGGAAGUCUGGUGACAAUGCCUCCAUGGGUCAACCCAUGGCUCCUUGUUGCCAUGUCAGUCUCCUUCGGCCUUCACUUCUUGAUCCUUUAUGUCCCAUUCCUUGCUCAAGUAUUUGGCAUUGUACCUCUCAGCCUGAACGAAUGGCUCUUGGUGUUGGCUGUUGCAUUGCCUGUGAUUCUGAUCGAUGAGGUUCUUAAGUUCAUUGGACGGUGUACAAGUGUUUCAGGUGCCAGCUCUUUGAGGAAACCCAAGUCCGACUGAAGAACUGAAGAAUUGAAGAAAGUGACUUGAAAAAGAGUUCCACGAAGUUUGCUGGAAUGCUUUCUUUGUCAGAUAGACUGGAAUCAAAAUCUAACAUAAUGGUGGUUCAGAUGCCAGGUGCAUUUAUUAUUUCCCAUCGACUCUGUUUGGUUUGAUCCACCCUUUAACCCUAACCUCAUUCUUUUCUGUAAGUGAGGUUGGUUGAAAUUGGACCUUGAAGAAAUAGCUAUAGUAGUAUAUUUGUGAAGAGUGAUUUUGGGACUCCCAUAGAAAGUAGAAACCUGGCGAGACCCAAAUUCAGUUCUAUCCCUCUUAUUUUCUUUUCUUCAUAAACUCAUUUUUGACUUCAGAAAUUUGUAAACAUAGAAGCUGUUAUUGCUGUCUGUUACAUUCUUAUUAUACUGCAUUUUUUAUACUUUGCAA